AUGGACACGAUAACGAAGGAAAUCCAGAAGCAGCAUCCGUGGACUCUACUCUUUGCCGAUGAUGUCAUGCUCGCGUCGGAGUCUCGAGGUGAUCUUCAGAAACAAUACCUUGGAUCCAAAGUGACUUCCACAGGCGACAUUGAUCAAGAAGGUCGAGCACGUGUUAAUGCGGCAUGGAUGAAAUGGAAAAUGGCAACAGGCGUACUGUGCGACAGGAAAGUCCCUGUUCGACUGAAGUGGAAGAUCUACAGGACGGUUGUGCGUCUUGUUGCCCUUUACGGAUGCAAGUGCUGGCCGACGACGAACGCCUUGGAAAGAGUGUUACACGCUAUGGAGAUGCGGAUGUUAAGGUGGACAAUAGGUGUAACGCUAAAAGAGAAAGUAUCCAACGACACUGUGCGCUCCAUCUUCGGCGUCGUUCCGAUAACUGAGAAGAUGAAGGAGGCCCGACUGAGAUGGUUCGGUCACGUCUUGCGGCGAGAGGAAGAUUCUGUGGCCCAAACCGCACUGAAGCUCGACGUUUCAGGAGCGAGGCCGCGUGGGAGGCCAAGGAUUCGCUGGUUAGACCGUGUGAAGCUAGAUAUGAUAGAUGCACCUUUGUGUACGGCUGAUGCAAUGGAUAGAACCAAAUGGAAGACAAGAAGCAGAAAAGCGGACUCUGCAACAACGCGGGACAAACGCUAG